GGAGGGGGAGACUGGAAACAAAAACAAAACCAUCUGAUCCUGAUCGUGUUUGCAGCACCCACCUGCUGAAGACUUGUUUUUGUUGUUGUUCUUAGCUUCUUGUAAACAAACACAACUACCUCUCUUGCGGCCCACUGACACUGACAGGAGGAGAUUCACGGAAUUAAAAUUUAUGUAUUCACUGUCGCUGAUUUUUGUCUGGCACCAUGUCCACGGAAAAUGACAAAAUUCGUCUGGACAGAAAAAGGAGUGCGAGUGAGAUGGAAAAAAUCGACGUUGCUGCGCUCCUGCAAGGCAUCACAGCUGAAGACUUUGAUGAUGAUGAUGAUGAUGAUGAAGAAGGGCAGGAGAAAAAGUACGAGUCUGAAAUCAACGUUGACCUGGAGCGUUGCUAUUUCAAAUACUUACAAAGGGAAGCAGAAGUGAACACAAUGCAUUCAGCUUUGGACGUGGAGAGCAGACGAUGGCGCUUUUUUCGGAAGCAAGCUGACUUGCUCGACUGUUUUAAAGAGCACCGAGCCCUCAAUGUCAUGCCGUUUGUCUACCACGACGCACUCAGGAGCACAAGGACGUUUGUGCUAGUCCAUCCAUUGGAACUUCUCUAUAGGACAAAGGACAGAUCUCAAAACUAUUUUUAUGAAAUUAUUGCUGAGGGCGUGCCUUCAAAACUGUACCUGGAUCUUGAGUUUGAUAAAAAGGCAAACCCAGAUGUUGAUGGAGAGAAAAUGACCAGCACUGCUAUUGAACUCUUCGUGGAGCACCUCAACUCUAAACUAAAUCUGAACAUUGAUUCAAGCUCAGUUGUUGACCUGGACAGCUCAACUGAUGUCAAAUUCAGCAGACACGUCAUUUUCAACACGUUUUUCUCUUUCAAAGACAACAGCGUUGUCGGUGCCUUGGUACGAAACGUCACCCAAGAAGGACAGCACCCACAGCUCAGGGUGCGCAAGAAGGACGGCGGUCAAACGUGUAUUGUCGACCUUUGCGUCUACACCAAGAACAGACAUUUCAGGAUUCUGGGAUCAACAAAAUUCUGCCGAAAAGCGCCUUUGGUGCUUAGUGAUGGUGCAAACAAAACAUUGAGUCUUCAAGUAACGAGUGGCCGUUUGAGAGAUGAGGUUCUGUUUUUGUCCAGCCUGGUGACUGGCUCCAACAAUCCUAUCUUGCCGUACAACGUGCUGGCCACGGUGCAGAGGCCAAAACCAAUGGCCGCCGUUGAGCAGGCCAAGCCAGAAAGCUUUUCUGGAAUGCCGCGUAUUGAUGCCUUCUUCCAACAUAUUUUGUCCCCAGUUGGGCUGCAAAAGAUUCUGUCCUACCCGAGGGGCUACGUUGUGUACUCCUCAGGCCCAUCAGGUUACUGCCUGAACAAAGGCGCCGCCCACCAGCGGCACAGGGUCUACUGGGUUCUUGCAAAGCGUCUGGGUGUCUACUACCAGAAGUGCGGAGACAAGAGCGACUGCGGCGACUUCCGCUCUCCCAAGCAGUUGCUGCCUGAUCACCUACUGCUUGAGGCGAGAGGACCGCUCGACCCGUGGGAACUCUGUCUCUCAGGGCCAACCUCCAACGCGCCACUUCAACUCACACUGCCAACGUGACUUUCUUAAGUGUAUAAAUAUAUGAUUAAUUUUGUGAUGCCUAGGUGCUCUGUUCAAUUCUUUUUAAAAGAAUUGAGAUAUUUGUGAUUAACUAAUAUGAUGGAAGAAAUCUUGUCUGAUUAAUGUACAAUAUUUUUCAAAGAGUCAUUUUGUUUAUAAUUUGAUAAUAAACCCUAGAAUUUUUGAAAUGA